CCAUCCAUGUAUUUCUCCACCCUCUUCUACCUUCUUCCACUUUUACUUUUAUUUUCAAUUUUCAAUAAUUGACAACUCCUUCGGAGAUCUCUCAGUCGCCCACAAUCCUACCAUGGCGAAUUUGGACUCGGCGAUAGAGCAAUUGCUGAACGUGGAGAAGCAGAUGAGACUCGCCGGUGACGUGGCAGGAACGAGAAAGGCGGUCACAGACAUUCUGCAGCUCUGCUUCGAUGCGCGAGCCUGGAAAACCCUCAAUGACCAGAUUGUCGUUUUGUCGAAACGCCGUGGCCAGCUUAAACAGGCUGUAACAGCUAUGGUACAGCAAGCUAUGCAAUAUAUUGAUGAGACACCAGAUGUUGAAACUCGCAUAGAACUCAUCAAAACGUUGAACAGUGUGUCUGCAGGGAAAAUAUACGUGGAAAUAGAGAGAGCACGAUUGAUCAAGAAACUUGCGAAGAUCAAGGAAGAUCAAGGGCAUAUAGCUGAAGCUGCUGAUUUGAUGCAAGAAAUUGCGGUUGAAACUUUUGGUGCCAUGGCCAAGACUGAGAAGAUUGCAUUCAUUCUGGAACAAGUUCGUUUGUGUCUAGACCGUGAGGAUUAUGUUCGUGCACAAAUACUUUCUAGAAAAAUUAGUCCUAGAGUAUUUGAUGCCGAUACAUCUAAGGAAAAGAAAAAGCCUAAAGAAGGUGAUAAUGUUGUUGAAGAGGCCCCUGCAGAUAUACCCUCUUUGCUGGAGUUGAAGCAGAUCUACUAUGAGCUAAUGAUUAGGUAUUAUUCCCAUAAUAAUGAUUAUCUUGAGAUUUGCCGUUGCUACAAGUCAAUAUAUGAGAUUCCAUCUGUCAAAGAAGACCCUGCAAAGUGGACUCCUAUCCUAAGGAAAAUAUGUUGGUACUUGGUUCUAGCACCACAUGAUCCAAUGCAGUCAAGCCUUCUGAAUUCCACUUUGGAGGAUAAGAAUCUAUCUGAGAUUCCGAACUUCAAGUUACUUUUGAAACAGCUGAUUACCAUGGAAGUUAUCCAAUGGACAACUCUAUGGGAUACAUAUAAGAAUGAUUUUGAGAAUGAGAAGGCUUCUGGGGAAUCUCUGGGUGAAAAAGCAGCAGAGGAUCUGAAGCAACGAAUAAUUGAACAUAAUAUUCUUGUUGUUUCAAAAUACUACGCAAGAAUUACAUUGAAGAGACUUGCAGAGCUUUUGUGUCUCAGUGUACAGGAAGCUGAGAAGCAUCUUUCAGAUAUGGUAGUGUCUAAGGCGCUGGUGGCAAAGAUUGAUAGGCCAAUGGGAAUAGUCUGUUUCCAAUCCGCAAAGGAUAGCAAUGAUAUUCUUAACUCAUGGGCAGCAAACCUGGAUAAACUUCUUGAUCUUGUGGAGAAGAGCUGUCAUCAAAUACACAAGGAAACCAUGGUCCAUAAAGCUGCAUUGAAGGUUUAAGAAGAUCCAUAUCAACAGUUACAAUCACAUGGGCACCCUAAUAUCGACGUGAUUUUGUACUGAAGUUGCAUAUUUCAGCAAUGUUCUUUUUAAAUAGUCACCGACCGAGUUGGUGAAGAAUUUCGCAGAACGCAAUUCCUUUUUAAUUUUAUAUUUUUGUGGCGCAUGCGUUCAGGGUAGAGCUGGAUAUAUUCAUAUUAGUAAGUAGCAUUGUUGUAUACUACUGGUUCAUACCUUACCACUGCCUGACAGGAUCCUUAACGAUCCUGAUUGAAGCAGUGGCUAGAAACCGAGUGUUUGCUCAUUUAUAUUCUUUUGCCUGGUUGAUUUUUUUCCCCGGUUUUCUCGAUUACUUUUUUUUUUUUGUUUCAAUUUGGACACGAUAUUUUCCUUGAAUGACAAUUUGCUAGUUGCGUGCAA